AUGGAGCGGGACUGGACGCCGUGCAUGGAAGAGUACUGUGGCUGUCUGAAUGGGGGCUGGUGUCAGGAGGGAGGUGUGUGUGACUGUGCACAGUUCCAGGCCCUCGGAGACCGCUGCCAGAUCAUUCCUAACCAGGGCCAGGACAGAGAUGGGAUCUGCAGGUCUUGGGGUCAGCACCACUAUGAGACGUUCGAUGGCAGCUACUUCUACUACCCUGGAACCUGCUCCUACAUACUGGCCCAGGACUGCCGCUCAGCCACACCACAGUACACUGUGUGGGUCCAUAACAGCCGUGUGUGUGAGGGCAGUGUGUACUCCUGUCCCAGGGCUCUCAGUCUCUUCUUCCCCAACGAGGAGGAGAUCCACAUCUCUGGAUACCAAGUCCACCAGGGGGGCCGCAGGCUGAGCCUGCCCCAAACAAUAGGAGGUGUGUUUAUAGAGCGUCUGGCUGACUACCUUCUGGUGAAGAGUGUGUUUGGCUUCUCUCUGGCGUGGGACGGAGAGAGCGGAGUAUAUCUGAAGAUGUCUGAACAGCACCACGGCACCCCCUGUGGCCUCUGCGGGAACUAUAACAACCUGCCCAACGAUGACCUCACCACUGCCCGUGGUGUGCAGACAGAGGAGCCAGCAGUGUUUGCUAACAGCUGGUCAGUAGAUCUGCCCCAUGAGAGAGGCUGUCCUCUGGUGGACAUAGACUUCACUGGACCCUGUCACUCUGAGUCUGAUAUGGACGAUGCCAUAGAGAAGUGCAGUGCUCUCCUGUUCUUCCCCUUCCUGUCCUGUCAUGAUAACAUUGAUCCAAACCCCUACGUGGCCAGCUGUGUCGCCGACCUCUGUGUGUCUGAUGAUGAGGAGACGUUUUGUCGUGCGUUGGUGGAGUAUACACGAGCCUGCAGCCAUGUAGGAUACCCUGUACGAGAGUGGCGAGACAGCUUCCCUUCCUGCAAUGAUGGUUGUGAGGAGAGUUUUGUCCAUAGAGACUGUAUUAGCUGCUGCCCUCCCACCUGUACCUUUGACAAGGAAUGUCUGGGAACCAACUUGCACUGUCUGGACGGAUGCUACUGCCCUGACGGGUUGAUUCUACAGAAUGGGACGUGUAUAGCAGUGUCUCAGUGUCCUUGUGUCUAUCACGGCACCUCAUACACACAGGGACACACUCUGGAGCAGGGCUGCAGCGUCUGUGUGUGUAUGGGAGGAGUGUGGAACUGCACAGAGAACAACUGUACAGCGGAGUGUUCAGUAGUCGGUGAUGUGUUUGUGACGUCGUUCGAUGGGAGGAUGUUCCUGCAGCCGGGGGCGUGUCAGUACGUCUUGGUUAAGAGCCGGAUUGGCAACAGAUUCACUGUUACCGUUCAGUACACCACCUGCACAGAGGCCCAGCAGCAGGCGUGUAUCCAGUCGGUGACAGUGGUACUGGAUGAAAAUGUUAGUCACCAGGUGACUCUGACCCGAGAGGGGGAGGUGCUUAUAGGGGUCAACCCCGCUCCCACCUUACCCUACACCGAUGAUGUAGUGGAGGUGCAGAGGCUAACAUCGGUGUUCGUCCAGCUGAGGACCUUGCUUGGACUGCGUCUGCAGUAUGACGGGCGUGGUGGGCGCGUCUACCUACAACUGGACAGCCAAUGGCGCGGGAACACGCUGGGCCUUUGUGGAACCUUCAACGGAAAUCUUCGGGACGACUUCCUUUCUCCAGCAGGGAUGAUAGAGGGGACUCCCCAGCUCCAUGCUAACUCCUGGAGGGUCUCAUCUGCUUGCUCCGCCCCCAUCAACCAGCCAAUCAUCGACCCCUGUGAGAUGAACCAGCACAACGUGUUCUAUGCCUCUCUAUGUGAGGUUUUGUUGGGGAGUGUGUUUUCUCCCUGCCAUGGUUACGUCAGUCCCAGUGUGUACCAGCAACAGUGUCGCUACCAGGCAUGUCGCUGUGGAAACACCUGUCUGUGUACGGCCUUGGCCCACUACACUUACCUCUGCUCCAAACACCAUGUUGCUGUCAACUACAGGGCCCACGUCUCAGAGUGUGGGGUGGUGUGUAUGGGUGGGAUGCUGUUCCAGUCCUGUGUGUCGUCCUGUGGCCGCUCGUGCCGCUCCCUCUCCAGCGGAGAGACCUGUAACCAUGACGACUGUGCUGAGGGGUGUGGCUGCACAGAGGGCAGUUACUACGAUGACAAACCGAUGGGUCUCAGUGUCAUUGUUACUCUAUUGGCGGGGUGUCCCAGCCAGGAGAGGUGUCCUUCAGCGCCGCCGGCCCUUGAGCCGGAGCGAGGCCAGUGUCCGGAGGGAAAGGUGUUCCACGGCUGUUCUGAGCCCCAGGGGGUCCAGGGGGUGGUGGCUUGGCGAGGAGGUGUGGCCUGUGAGCUCACCUGUCGGAACCUGAUGUUGAACCUCACCUGUCCUCCCACCACGCCCUGCAUAUCUGGCUGUGUCUGCCCACCUGGGCUGGUUCUGCACCGUGGGGAGUGUUACUACCCAGAGAACUGUCCCUGUGCCUGGCUGGGCCUGGAGUAUCUGCCAGGAGAGACCGUCGACACCCCCUGUUACAGAUGUGUGUGUCACCGGGGGUAUUUUAACUGUAAUUACUCUCCGUGUCCGGCAGUAUGUACGGUCUACAGCGACAGACACUACCACACCUUCGACGGCCUGGAGUAUGACUACCACUCGGACUGUCAGGUCUACUUACUCAAGAGUAUAGAUGGUGAGGUGUCCAUCGUGGCCCAGAAUAAGGAUUGUUAUCAGAGUGGGAUCGUCUGUAUGAAGAUGCUGGUCAUCCAUGUUGGAUUCACCAAGAUUUACUUCAACGACAACUCAGGCCAGCCUAGCCCCUCCAGUGUGGUAGGUAAGGGGUCAGAGUUUGAGCUGUGGUCAGCAGGCUACUACACAGCCAUCCACUUCCCCAAACAGGACCUGACCGUUCUCUGGGACCGCAAGACAACCGUGCACAUCAGAGCUGGACCACAGUGGAAGGGUCUCCUGAGUGGUCUGUGUGGGAACUUUGACAGUGUGACGGUGAAUGACAUGACCACGUCCAGUCACAUGGAGGUCAGCAAUGCUCAGGGCUUUGGAGACAGCUGGGCCCUGGGACAGUGUGAGAGUGACUAUGUGGUGAAGAGAGCGUGUGAAGGAGACCUGGGUAGACAGCCGUACGCCAAGAGAGAGUGUGCACUACUCUACAGUGACAUCUUUAUCCCCUGUCACAACGUGGUGGAUGUAUCAUGGUUCUAUAGGAACUGCUUGACAGACACGUGUAACUGUAACCGAGGCGGAGACUGUGAGUGUCUGUGUACGUCCAUUGCUGCCUAUGCACACACCUGCUGUCAACACGGUGUCACUGUGGUCUGGAGAAACCCCUCUGUCUGCCUUAGGGAGUUCGCAGGCGGGCUGCCUCCCCCUGGGCUACUCUUCAACUUCAUGAUCACAGCAGGACUACAGAAGGACCGCACAUCACGUCUCCCGGUGGUCUCUCUGGAGUCAGCAGAGCGUCCUAACUACUUCCUCGUUGUGUCUGAGCGUACUGGGCUGCGGUUGGAGCAGUGGACCAGAGGGGAGGAGUUUGGCCACAGGGCUUCCUUCCUGCAGCACCAGGGGGUGUUCCUGCCUGGCCACACCUCUUUUGAGCUGAUUGGCCAGCCAGGAGUGUUCCUGACUCUGACACGCACGUCUGCACGAGCUCAGAAAUAUGACAACUCUGACAACUUCAAGACCAGCAGCUCCUUUACUCUGGAGGAGAGCAGUUUUGUGAUCCCGUACCGUAUGAUGUGUGAGUGGCGCUACCAUGCAUGUGCCAGUCCGUGUGUCCGUACAUGCAGCGACCCCACUGCCACACGCUGCCACUUCCUGCCCCCGGUGGAGGGCUGUUUCCCUCGCUGCCCCAAAAACAUGGUUCUUGAUGAGGUCACCAGGAGAUGUGUCUACACAGAGGACUGUGUGUCCCUACCUCCCACUCCUACACCCUACGCCUUCGUAAACCGAACGACCACCACCCCAACUACUACUGCUGUUAGGCCUACUAGUACUACUACUACAUCUAGGACCACUACUAGUAGUACCAGAACUACAACCAGUGCUGCCUCUACAACUGUUACUGCCACCAGAGCCCCCACUACACCCAGUACAGCCCACCUGACGGAGAGUUUCACUCCCACCCUUACCCCUCCUCGCUCCCCCUCUCCUCCUCCCCCUUCUCUGCCCGCACCCUCCACCCCCACUGUGACUGAGGACACCCCUUUACCUGCAGUCUCUCCCUCCAUCUCCCCCUCUCCCUCCGCCACCAUUACUAGCAGCACCACUGGGGUCACGACCCCGACCUUGACCCCUGCAGUGGUCACUAGACCUUCCACCCAGCCUUCCAGCUCCCCCUCAGCUCCCCCUAUCUCCUCCCCCACUUCCUUUUCCCUUCCUCCCCCUCUCUCCUCCACCCCCACCCUGACCACCACAGAAACACACCGUCCUGUUGCUACGCCCACGGAGACUACCUCUGUAUUCCCAGUCAUUUAUGACACCUCCGUUACCAUGUCGACAUCACCCCCCGAGACGACGGAGUCCAUAACAACGGAAACAGCCACUAGCCCAGACUCAUUCAGCAUGCCGACAGUGCUGUCCCCCUUCCUCCUGCCCACCACCCCCUGCACACCCCCGUAUUCCUACCGUGUUGAUGAGUGUGCAGAACUGAUCUGUUUUAACGGGGAGCUGCUCCUCCAUAACUCCUCCCUCCACUGUCGGUACAACACUACUCCUCCUCGCUGCUCUCUGCUGGGCAUGGCUGUCCUCACCAACACCGACCCCUGCUGCCCGCUCUGGCAGUGCCCCUGUCGCUGCUCGGUGAUGUCAGACCUGCGUGUGAUAACGUUUGACGGUAACAACGUGGCGCUGUAUGAUAACGGCUCCUACAUCCUGGUCUACCUGCCCACAGAGAACAUCAUAGGAACAGUGAAUAAAUGCCCUACCAGCCAGAGCCCUAGUGGUGGAACGUCAGGUCUGUGUUUCAAGAACUUGAACAUCACCACUCCCUCCUACAGGAUCAUCAUCAACCGUCUUGACCGCAAGGUGUCAGUGAACCACAUCAAGGCGCGGCUGCCUUUCUCCCGCCAGGCUCUGUCAGUAGAGGACACAGGCAGUAUGUACCUGAUCACCACUCCUGGAGGAGUCAACAUACAAUGGUACCACAGCACUGGCAUCAUGGUGCUGCAAUACACCGCUCCCUCCAAUACAUCUGCUCCUACUAGAGGCCUCUGUGGGUGUUGUGACGGGAACCCAGCUGAUGACCUGAAGCUGCCUAACGGUACGGUGGUGAGGGAGGUGGCAGACCUGGGUCUGUUCCUGCAGGCCUGGAGGGUCCACACCUCAGAGGACACGGAACACACACGACGCAUCGGGGACAACUGUACCACUGGAGACUGCUCCACCUGUCUCUCCAUGCUUAGACAGAGACCUUUCACUCCCUGCCACAGCAAGGUGUCUCCAGAGCAGUUCUGUGAUGUGAUGUGGGCAGGGGACCUCCACUAUAAGGCCCACCAGUGUGACUUCCUGGCAGCCUACGUAGCUGUCUGCUACACUUACCAAGUCUGCAUCAACUGGAGACGACACAACUUCUGCCCGUUGAGGUGUCCCUCAGGUAGGGAGUACCAGGCGUGUGUGUCGACCUGUACCACCCGGACCUGUCAGAACAGAGAGUUCUAUGAGGAGACCACCUGCUCCCACAUCAGAGAGGAGUGUGUGUGUCGCUCUGGAACCAUCCUGCACCGAGCAGACUCCACUUACUGCGUCACAGAGGAGCAGUGUGUGUGUACGGAUAACGAGGGGUCUCCGCGGGCCCCUGGGGAGGUGUGGAACGGGUCAUUGCGUGGCUGCUGUCUGUUCCGCUGCCUGGAGAACGGUUCUGUGGUGGCAGUAGAACCUGACUGCAGCUUUAGUCCCACUCCGCUGUGUGAGAGGGAGGGAGAGUACGUACUGGAUGUCCUGGAAGAGGGGGCCUGCUGUCCCAAGAAGAUCUGUGAGUGUAAUCUGACCAUCUGUGAGAGUGAGGCUCCGCCCUGUGAAAAUGGGAACCGACUGGUGAUUGGUUACAGUGCCUUGUCCUGCUGCCCAGAGUACCGUUGUGAGUGCGAACCCCAUGCCUGUCCCCCCGUCACCGCCCCUGACUGCAGAGAAGAUCAGUUCCUCGUGGAGGUCCGUGAGGACAGCUCCUGCUGUUACUCCUUCCUGUGUGUGUGUGAGUCAUGUAUCGAGCCCGUGCCGGCCUGUUCCGAUGGCGAGAUAUUAGCUGUGAAUCUAAACACCACCAACAGCUGCUGCCCUCAAUACCACUGUGUGUGUGAUGUGAACCUGUGUCCUGAGUCGUCUCUGACCUGCUCUCCUGGCCUGUCUAUGGUUCAAACCACCCACCCUGGACACUGCUGCCCCGACCACCGCUGUGAAUGCCAGUGUGAGGACAGCUCUCUCCCAGUCUGUCAGGUGGGGGAGGUACAGGUGGAGGUUCCAGACAGCAGAAGCAUCUGUGGCUGCCCCCGCUACACCUGCAAGAAGGCAGAGGUGUGUGUGUUCCAGGGAGUCACGGUGCUGGGGCCAGGGCAGAGCCUGAUUCAGUACUAUGAAGGAGAGCUGUGUUACACCGUUCACUGUCUGACACACCGUGACACACACACCGGAUACUACGCCAUGGACGUGUCCGCUGUCAACUGCUCUCGGAAGUGUGGCCCGCACCAGCUUUACGUAGCAUCAUCAGAUCCUCAGGUGUGCUGUGGCUCCUGUAAGAACGUCUCCUGUUCCUUCAACAUCCACAACAGAACCACUGAGGUCUUCACUGCGGGGAGCUCCUGGGUGGAUAACUGUACACGGUACGACUGUGUGGAGACGGCAGGGGGAACCGUGGUGCUGGCCUCAGGGGUGGUCUGCCCCCCCUUCAACGACACAGAGUGCACUCAGAAUGGGGGCGUGGUCCAGAGCUAUGUGGACGGCUGUUGCAGAACGUGUAAGGAGGACGGUAAGACGUGUAAGCGUGUAGCGAUCCGAACCACCAUCAGAAAAGACGACUGCAGGAGCAACGCACCGUUGACAGUGUAUUCGUGUGAUGGGAAGUGUCCGUCUGCCACCAUCUUUAACUUCAACAUCAACAGCCACGCCCGCUUCUGUAAGUGCUGCAGAGAGAGUGGACUACAAACACGCUCCGUCACCCUCUACUGCUCACGCAAUGCUACUCUGGUGGACUACAGCUUCCAGGAACCUUUAGACUGCUCCUGCCUAUGGAACUAA